AUGGCCAAGCAACCCUCUAAGGUGCACGGUUUGCGAACCGAGGACUCUCUCAUCGAAGGAGUCAGUGACCAGGUGCUAGUGGCCGUGCUGCUUGGCUUUGCCUUCCUGGCUGUCCUGGGCUAUGCCCUUCUAAGAAGUGCUCAGCAGCACAUCCAUCCCAACAACCGCGAGCUCGUCAGGGUACUGAGAGAACAACUCCACAGGGAGCAAGAUCCUCCAGCCCCUCGACCUCAGUUCUACACGGACCUGUCCUGUCCCAUCUGUUUACAUCAUGCCUCUCUUCCCAUCGAAACCAACUGUGGCCACCUUUUCUGCGGCAACUGCCUUAUUGCUUACUGGCGUUAUGGUUCAUGGCUUGGGAUGGUCAGUUGUCCGAUCUGUCGACAAACAGUGACUUUGCUAUUUCCUGUGUUUGGUGAAGAUGUCCAUUCUCUUGAUUCCCGGCGUUUACAUCAAGAUAUUCAUGAUUACAACCGACGGUUCUCGGGGCAGCCCCGGUCUAUUAUGGACAGACUUAUGGAUCUCCCCACUCUGCUAAGGCAUGCAUUCCGGGAACUGUUUUCGGUGGGUGGACUUUUCUGGAUGUUUCGCAUCAGGAUUGUCCUGUGUUUAGUGGGAGCCUUUUUCUACCUGAUAUCACCUUUGGAUUUGGUUCCUGAAGGCUUGUUUGGGAUUCUGGGGUUUCUGGACGAUUUCUUUGUCAUCUUUCUCUUGCUUAUUUACAUCUCUAUCAUGUAUAGGGAGGUAAUAACACAAAGGCUGAACAGAUGA